AUGGCGUCCGGAAAACUGCUCGCGGGACUAUGCCAGGAGCUUAUAUGUCCACUCUGUUCAGAGUUGUUCACCGAUCCGGUGUCUCUGGAGUGUGACCACUGCUUCUGUGGAUCUUGCAUCUCUCAGGUUUGGGAGAACGUCCAGGGAGACGUCUCCUGCCCCCAGUGUCAGCAGGUAUUCACCCAGAGGAAUACAAGAGCCUCCCGAACCUUGGGCAAUGUCGCAGAACAGCUCCGGCGUUUGAGCGUGAGGGCGAAGCAGCGGGAACUGGAACUGUUCUGCUCGGAACAUGACGAGAAGCUGAAACUGUUCUGCGAAGAGGAGCAGGAGUUGAUCUGUCCGGACUGCUGGAACGGACAGCACCGGACUCACAGCGUGAUCACUGUCAAGGCUGCAGCCGAGAAGUACAAGGGCAGAAUAGAAGCUGUUUUGGAUUUACUGAAAAUGAAAAUGGAGAACCUUACUAAAAGAAAAAUCAAAGAGGAAGCAAUGCUGGGAGAGUCAAAGGUGUGGGUGGAGAAAGUGACAGAUGAAAUCAGAGCAGAAUUCGAGAAGAUGCACAAUUUCCUGAAAGAGCAGGAAGAGAUCUUGAGACAUCAAAUAAAAGAAGAUGAGGAAAAAUUGUUGAAGAAACUGGAGGAGAAGGUGAAGGAAAUCGAGGAUGAAAUGUCAUCUACUGAGGUCAAAAUCUCAGAGAUACAAGUACACCUGGAGUCUAGUGAUGACAUCAACAUGAUGAAGGACAUUAAAGACAUUCUAUGCAGAUGCACUGUCAACCAAGUAAGAGUAGGUGAAGAGGAGCUGAGCGGAGAAACCUUCACUGAACCCUUCCAGUCUUUCAGAGUGUGGAAAGCCAUGAGGAGAAUAAUUGAACCAGUCCCAGAGCAUCUCACUCUGGACCCAGAGACUGCAAACAGCCAGCUCCUUCUGUCCCAGGACCUGCUUAGUGUGAGGCAAAGUGAGGAAGAGCAGGAAAAGGAGGAAGACGUGCUCGAUCCACCAGCCCGGUUCGAUGUCUACCUGUGCGUUUUGAGCUCGCAGGGAUUUACCUCUGGGCGACACUUCUGGGAGGUGAACGUUGGGCACAAAGUCCAGUGGGUAAUCGGUGUCUGCAGAGAGUCUGCCAACAGGAAGGGUGACAUUAUAACCGUUCCUUCACAUGGUUAUUGGGUCAUAGGGCUAUUUGGCGAAAAUGACUACAGAGCAUCUACCUGCCAAGACGCUGUCAUUCCAGUUGAUAGAAAACUUUGGAAGCUGGGGGUUUACUUAGACUAUGAAGGGGGUCGAGUGUCCUUUUACGAUGCUGACAAGAUGUCUCACCUGUACACUUUCACUGACACCUUCGAUGAGAAACUUUACCCCAUCUUCAACCCCUGCAAUAACCUGACUGGCCGAAACUAUGAACCGCUAAUAUUGUGCAGUCAUUGACAGUACUCAGUCAUCAUGUACAACACUGUGCAUGAAAGGAAGACGGUGAAUGUUCCACCCCUUCUUUAAAUUACAGUUCAGCAUUUAGUCCCAUGAUCUACAGCGGAUCAGGUUCCUACAGCAGAG